AUGGUUGAGAUCUGCUUAAGGAAUUCCCAGCACAAUUUUCGUUCUAUUCAUGGCGUGUGGCCAUUAAUAUAUUCCAAAUGUGAUACGUUCUACUUUGUGAUGAUGCUACGUUCUACUCUGAUGGGUGAAAGUGACAAAUUACCAUAUGAAAAUGAUUUAACAAAAACAACAAAUGAUAAGUAA